ACCGGCAGGGGUGGAUUAGGGGGAGGGAGUGUAUGAGGACUGUAUACACAUGAGUAGAGGCACCGAGUGGCUGACUGACUGACUGGCUGGCUGACUGACUGACUGUGUGGACUGUACUGUGAAAACCAGCAGAGUUAUGUACUGUGCUCAUCCUGUCUCAGGCGCAGGCAGCAACUCACUGAUGUAUUGCUACAACAUGAAAUCUAUUUACGGCCAGUCCCCCGGUAAUGAUGACAUCAACCAGAACUUGUCUUUACAGCCGUCUAACAAGGCCUCCAGCAAUGUAUUUGCCAGCACUUUUUUUGAGGGCACCAGCAAUUUGCCUGACAUCUGGAGCGCAGUAAAUGGGCUGAACCAACACGGGUAUGAAGGUGCACUGGGACCAACCAACAACCACCAAACGCCGGCGGGGAACUACAACAGUCUGCAGCAGCAUGGCCACCUGGACUACUCCUCCCAUACAGUAAUGGCCGCCGACAUGAACAGAGCUCUCCCUCCUAUGUCCACUUUUCACCGCAACAAUGUAUCAUCACACGCUCCUUUGAUUAACACAACAGAGAAUUCCACAGUCUCAGGGAACCAGACAAAUGUAUCAGGAGGGUCACAGACAGGCGAUACUUUGGGAAAAGCUCUGGCUUCUAUUUAUUCCCCUGAUCACACCAGCAGCAGCUUCCCUUCCAGCUCGUCCACGCCUGUGAGAUCUCCGUCCCCACUGCCAAACGCCAACGAACCCGCAGGAAACAAUAUGUGGCCCCGGAGCUCCGUACAAGCACCUAUCUCGCCACAUUAUGAGUCCUCACUUAUAUCCAUGUCUCAGGUAGAAGACCGACUGGACAGACUGGACGAUGUGAUCCAUGUCUUAAGGAACCACGCUGUCGGCCCCACUGCUGGAUUCGCUUCUGACAUUCACGGACUGCUCAACCAGAACCACCAUGGCCGGCCAAACGCUGUCGGAACGCUGCCCCUCAACUGCCACUCUCCAUCCAUGGUUGAAGCUGUCACCAUGAAUAACAACCACUCAGCCUUCCAGAGCCGCACACAAAAUGGCCACCUGUACUCCGCCAAGCAGAGGGCCACACUUGAUCUGACAUCAGGAGAAGGCAGAGGCGGUUUGGGCAUUCCGGGGAAUGUGGAGCUUAAGAUGGAGAGCAGCGAGAGGGAAGACAUGAUGCAUACCAGUAACAGUCACAGCUCCGACAGUCAGAGGUCAGACGAGGAGAGUGAACAUAAGACGCACGGAGAAAACAGUACCAGGGACAGCAUCCACGAGGAUGAAGAUCUGAGUCCAGAGCAGAAGGCCGAGCGUGAGCGUGAGAGAAGGAUGGCCAAUAACGCUCGGGAGCGUCUGCGCGUGCGGGACAUUAACGAGGCAUUCAAGGAACUCGGUCACAUGUGUCAGUUACAUCUCAAGAGCGAGAAGCCACAGACCAAGUUGCUGGUGCUGCACCAGGCCGUGGCCGUCAUCCUCAGCUUGGAACAACAAGUCAGAGAGAGAAACCUCAACCCAAAAGCAGCAUGUCUCAGGAGGAGAGAAGAGGAAAAGGUCUCUGCUGCCAUGACAGAUCCACAAUCAAUGCAUGUCACCUUUCAUUCAGGUUUGACUGACCCUGCAAACCCAAUGGGUCAUCUCUGAGGCUCCGAAUAUAGUAGUGUAAAACUCCCAAUUACCAAUGUGGACUUAAGUGCUUCCAAAAUGACUAUUAUAUAUUUUUAUUACAAUUUGGUUGGUGAUAGGGUGUUUAUUGGCCCCAGUCGAGCACACAAUUUUAAAUCAGCUCUCCAAUAAAAGCUUCACUUCCUCAUAUA